AUGUCGCGUACAGAUCUCCAUGGUCUCCAAGGCCUCGAUGGGCUUGAUGGGCUCCGUGAUGGGCUGAGAUCCCCCGAUGCCGAGUCAUUGCGCUCAUUCGCCGGGACAAUUCAAGAAAUCCAAGAUGAAUAUCACCAAUGGGUUAGCGAUUCACGCCAAUCAUUGCGGACUGAUCCAUUACUGGACAACUUCCCCCAGCCACCGAGAAUGGAAAAUUUAGAUCCAAUUGAUGAAGAGAUGGAACUGUAUCCUACACCAAAGCCUUCUAUAAAGAGCCUGCGUCGCCAUGCCACCGCCAAUGAGCUCCCUCUUCUACAACAAAUCAAUCCAAAUGAUGGAGCCCCGGAGUUUAACCCCGUCAGUGAAGAGAGUGGCUCAUAUGAUCUCAUUGCGCCCUACGAUGGGGGUGAUUUACCACUAUACAAGCUGGAGAGGAUUGCAGACAUCAUGUUCUCGUCUGAGCAUAUGCUCACAAUUCUGAAUAACCCGCGGUAUCUAGUUCGAUUCCGCGACUUUCUUCUUGAAGAACGGCCACGCUCGAUUUCCACCCUUACAUACUAUCUCAAUGCCUCGAAAGCGCUCAAGGCCCUUCGAUAUGCUAAUGCACUCGUCCGUCUGUCGGUCGAUGUACCUCCCCCAACAAUACAAACGGACAAGCAAGUCGUUGGGGUGACGGCGAACCAGGUUUUGGAGCAGCGAGUCGUAGACGGGCUGUUGGCUCUCACUGCCGAGGAGCUUCCUGCAUUCAUCACGUCAAGGUGUAUUACCAUUACAAGCAAGAUUGUAGCACAGCGAAUCCGAGGAACUUUGCCAAUGAAGUUCCGUGGAACGUCAAAUGCACUGGCAGAAGUAUUUUGCUUGACGGACCCUUCGCGACCUGACAAUCCAAUUAUUUUCGCAUCAGAAGAGUUCCACAGGACGACACAAUACGGCAUGGAUUACGUACUUGGUCGAAACUGUCGCUUCCUACAAGGCCCGAAGACAAAUGCAAACAGUGUUCGUCGACUUCGUGAAGCUAUCCAUGCAGGCCGGCAUCACUCGGAGAUGUUUCUCAACUAUCGUCGCGACGGCUCUCCAUUUAUGAACCUGCUCCAGUGCGCACCCCUAUGUGACAGCCAGGGCCGUGUCAAAUACUUCGUUGGCGCACAGAUCGAUGUCUCGGGACUUGCUAUGGAGGGAGCCUCGAUGGAAUCCUUCAUGGAACUGCAAAACAAACACCGCGAUCCCGAUGAAGAGAGUAUCGCGGAGCCACCAGAACCAGAAGAGAAAAAUGAGUUCCGUGAACUGUCUGAGCUGUUCAGUCCGCGGGAACUAUCCAUUGUUCAACAGCAUGGUGGACAUCUGUUCCAACCUGUGAAAAAUGACACAUCACCACAUCACCCGCGAUCAUGGCUACAGCCUGACGCAUCGCUAGAACGUGAGACUGAAGCGAUUCGUCUGCAUGACAUGAAAUCGCCCUUUUUUCGGAUGUCAUUUGCGGGCGUGUAUGAGAACUAUCUUCUCGUUCGACCCUACCCUUCCCUCCGGAUUUUGUUCACCUCGCCCGCUCUCCAGAUUCCAGGAAUGCUGCAAUCACCAUUUCUAUCGCGUAUCGGUAGUUCCUCGGCAGUGAAGGAAGAACUACUACAAGCUAUGAUGGUUGGUCGCAGUGUGACUGCGCGUAUCAAGUGGACGACACGAGCUAAUCCCGAUGGACGCAAUCGCUGGAUUCAUUGUACACCAUUACUUGCGAGUAAUGGACAGGUGGGUGUGUGGAUGGUUGUAGUGGUGGAUGAUGAAGGCGAACACGUACUUAAUUGGCGCACCUAG